AUGCCCGGGGGCGCGGGCGCCGCCCGGCUCUGCCCGCUGCUGGCGCUGCUGCUGCCGCUGCUCCCGCCGCAGGCGGCGCGGGGGCCCGGCCCGACGCGCGGAGGAGGUGAAGAAGGCAGCCAUCUGCUUCAGCAUGAACUCAUAAUACCUCAGUGGAAGAUUCCAGAAAGCCCCUCCAAAGAGAAGCAUCCCUCUGCAGCCGAGCUCAGGGUCGUGGCUGAGGGCCGAGAACUGAUCCUGGACUUGGAGAAGAAUGAGUAUCUUUUUGCUCCAGCCUAUACAGAAACCCACUACACUCCGAGUGGCACCCCUCAAACCACCACGCUGAAAUCUGAGAAUCAUUGCUUUUACCACGGCACAGUGAGGAACGCAGGAGACUCGAGCGUCACCCUCAGCACCUGCCGGGGCAUACGAGGACUGAUUAUGGUGAGAAGUAACCUCAGCUACAUCAUCGAGCCCCUCCCUGACAGCCAGGGACAACACCUUAUUUAUAGAUCUGAACAUCUCAAGCUGCCCACUGGCAACUGUGGGUUUGAGCACUCUAGGCCCACUGCUGGGAACUGGGCUCUUCAGUUUACACAACAGACCAAGAAACAACCUCGCAGGAUGAAAAGAGACAAUUUGCACUCAAUGAAGUAUGUGGAGCUUUACCUCGUGGCAGAUUACGCAGAGUUUGAGAAGAACCGCCGAGACCAAGACGCCACCAAGCACAAGCUCUUGGAGAUUGCGAACUACGUGGACAAGUUUUACCGGUCCUUGAACAUCCGGAUCGCGCUGGUGGGCCUGGAAGUGUGGACGCAUGGGAAUAUGUGUGAAGUCUCGGAGAAUCCCUACUCCACCCUCUGGUCGUUUCUCAGCUGGAGGAGGAAGCUGCUCAAGCAGAAGUACCACGACAAUGCUCAGCUCAUCACGGGCCUGUCUUUCCACGGCGCCACCAUCGGCCUGGCUCCGCUCAUGGCCAUGUGCUCCAUGUACCAGUCUGGAGGGGUGAACGUGGAUCACUCUGAGAAUGCCAUUGGGGUGGCUGCCACCAUGGCCCACGAGAUGGGCCACAACUUUGGCAUGAGCCACGAUGUUAAGCAUUGCUGUCCAGCCAGUGCCCAAGAUGGCGGGUGCAUCAUGGCGGCCGCCACGGGGCACCCCUUCCCCAGAGUGUUCAAUGGCUGCAAUAGGAAGGAGAUGGACAGGUACCUGCAGUCGGGGGGCGGGAUGUGUCUCUCCAAUAUGCCGGACACCAGGACACUGUAUGGAGGCCGGAGAUGUGGGAACGGAUACCUGGAGGACGGGGAAGAAUGCGACUGUGGAGAGGAAGACGAAUGCGACAACCCCUGCUGUAAUGCCUCCAACUGUACCCUGAAGGAAGGCCUGGAGUGCGCCCACGGCGCCUGCUGCCACAAUUGCAAGCUGGUGGCCCCCGGCACCCUGUGCCGGGAGCAGGCAGGGCAGUGCGACCUCCCGGAAUUCUGCACGGGCAAGUCUCCCCACUGCCCCUCCAACUUCUACCAGAUGGACGGCACCCCCUGCGAGAGCGGCCAGGCCUACUGCUACAUCGGCAUGUGCCUCACCUACCACGACCAGUGCCAGCGGCUGUGGGGGCCUAGAGCCUGGACUGCCUCGGAUGACUGCUUCGAGAAGGUCAAUGUGGCAGGGGACCACUUUGGCAACUGUGGGAGAGACAUACAUGGCCAACCCAAGAAAUGCAAUAUAAGAGACGUCAAGUGUGGGAAGAUCCAGUGUCACAUCCCCGACGCCCAAGCCAAGGAGUCCAACGCGGUGCCCAUCAAGACCACCAUCACUCUGAACAAACGGACGAUCGAGUGCUACGGGGUCCACUUCUACCGGAGCAACGAGGACGAGGUGGACAGCUUGGACCCGGGCCUGGUGAUGACCGGGACCAAGUGCGGCCCCAACCACAUCUGCUUCGAUGGUCAGUGCAGAAACGCCUCCUUCUUUGACGCCGAAAACUGUGAAAAGAAAUGCAAUGGUCACGGGGUGUGUAACAACAACCAAAACUGCCACUGCUUCAGGGGCUGGGCGCCCCCCUUCUGUAACACCCCCGGCCAUGGGGGGAGCAUCGACAGUGGGCCCAUGCCCCCCGCGAGUGCUGGGCCUGUGGUGGCUGGAGUGUUUUCUGCUCUCUUCGUCCUGGUAGUCUUUCUGCUGAUAUGCCACUGCUGCCGACAGAACAGCAAACUGAGCCAGCUCCAGCCCUUGGCCCUUCCUUCCAAGCUGCGGCAACAGUUCAGCUGUCCCUUCAGGGUGUCCCAGAACAGUGGAUCUGGUCAUGCCAACCCAACUUUCAAGUUGCGGACGCCCCAGGGCAAACGGAAGGUGAGCAGCACCCCGGAAAUCUUCCGGAAGCCCUCCCAGCCUCCCCCCAGGCCCCCUCCCGACUACCUGCGUGACCAGUCUCCCACCGCCCCGCCGCCAGCACACCUGAACAGGGUGCCGAAGAGCUCCCCAAGCCCCGGGGCUCAAGUACAGAGAAAGGAAUCGUCCAGGGGGCCUCCCCCCAGCCGGCCUGCACCCCCCGCCCCAAACUGCCUCCUCUCCCAGGACUUCGCCAGGCCUCGGCCGCCCCAGAAGGCGCUCCCAGCCAACCCCGUGCCGGGCCGCAGGGCCUUCCCCAGGCCGGGCGGCGGCCCUGCCCUGCAGCCGCCUGCGGCCGGACCCCUGCAGAUCCAGCCUCUGAUCGCUCCUGCCCCGAGGCUUCCCCAGUACCGAUCCCAGAGGACUGGAGCCAUGACCAGCUCCAAGAUCUAGAAGCAUCUAGAAGUUUCUCGAGGAUGCCGGAUGUUGCCGAGUGGAUCCCAGAGUCACGGGAUCUGGGUGUGAAGUCUGUGUGGCCUCCUUGGAGCCAGCUCCUCCUGCCUCCCGGGGUCACAUUCUGGAACGCUCUGUCCAUCCGUCCGUCCGUCCGUCCGUCCGUUCCCCCCACCCUCGACGCGAGGCCGGCUGGGUGUCCUCAGACACCCGCGGGAGAGGAUCUCCCCUCCGAUGGCUCGUCCGUGUUGUUUGGUGCAAUACACAGCCCGGAGAGCUCCGGGAGCCCCGCGGCAGGGGGUGGCGAGGCUGCCGUGGACCGGCCCGAGGCCGCCCGGCCGCCCUGGCCCGCGCCAGGCGGGAGAGGCCGCCCAGGACCUAGAGUGGCUGCGUCCCGUCCCUCCACCCCCCUCCCCGUCUCCCCCUCCUCCCUCCCGCGGGUCCCCACGCUGACAGGUACUAGUUGUUGUAAGCAGUGUAGACAGCAGGGGCGCCCCAGGCCGGGGCCGCCUCUGAGCCGAUGCCAAAGGUUGCCCUGUAGCCAGCCAGUCCCUCCCGUGCCCUCCCGCGCUUCGUGGCCGCCGCGUGCCGUCCAGCCUCCCAUGGUACUGUGGGGUGGGCCCUGAGCCGUCGGGGCGCCGCGCUGGUGGCCGAUGAGAGUCAGGGUCCAGCCCCAGGGGUGUGCAGGUCCUGCGCUGACCCAGCAGGCCCCGCGCCGGGCGCUGGUCUGUCUUUGUCGUUUGCUGCCCCGUGGGGGGUGAGCGUUCUCCACACACACACCCUCCCCCCACCCGCAUCUGGGGUCCCCCAGGGAUGGCAGUGGCCAUCCCGGCACGCACAGGGGAGACCGCACCCCUUGUGAUGGGCUCCUUGACCGGAUGUGGGUCUCUGUCCCCCUCGGAGCGGACGGCAGACCUGUUUCUAACCAGGCGGCUGCACGCGUCUCUGGGGGUGUGGGUUCGAGGCCGCAGUGAGCAGCAGCUCCCUGGGGGGCCCCUCUUCCACCCCACCUCCCCACCAGGCUUUUUUGUAGGUGUGCGGGGACACAGGGGCUUGA